AGCGGGAAUACGGCUCGCUCUCAUAAAAUUGGGAUCUCCGUAUAAAAUUUUGCGAGGUAGAAAUGCCCUUAGAAGGAGACAAAAGUGACGAAGAAGAUUUUUCUCCCUCAAAUGUCGAGGGUUGUUGGCCAACAACACCAAUAAUGGUAGACAAACUAAAAUGCAAGCAGAGAAUGUUUGUGGAAUGGUACGUGGUCUAAAAGCGAUUAUAGCUUCUGCUGGGAUAUCACCGAGGAACCUACGGAGGAAAAUUUCUUUACAACUAGUACAAUUUACUUUGUCGGCUAUACCCUCAGCUUAGUGGCUCUCUCGAUUGCAAUAGGAAUUUUUAUAUAUUUCAAAGAUUUAAGAUGCUUACGAAAUACAAUACAUACGAAUUUAAUGUGCGCCUACAUUCUCGUUUACGCGUUAUGGAUUGUUACUUUAAUUGUAGAGCAAACGUUCCAGACUGAUAUGGUUUUGUGCGUAAUCCUUGUCUUUUUGUUACACUAUUUUCACGUUACAACAUUUUUUUGGAUGUUUGUAGAAGGAUUGUAUCUAUACAUUCUGGUGGUGGAAACAUUAACGAGGGAAAAUUUCAAAUUAAGAAUCUACGCAACAAUUGGUUGGGGGCUGCCGUUCGUCUUCGUUUUAAUUUGGGCGAUAACGAAGAGCUUCAUCGAAACCGACAGUUGGGAUCACCUGUUGGAUAUCGAUAUGCAGAACCUUUGGAAAACGUGCCCUUGGAUUAAGCCGCACACGGUUGACUGGAUUUUUCAGGCGCCGAUAACGUUAGUGCUUGCGCUAAAUUCUUUCUUUCUAAUCGCCAUUAUGUGGGUGCUAAUUACGAAGUUGCGAUCGGCGAACACGUUGGAAACGCAGCAGUACAGAAAGGCGGCGAAAGCUCUGCUAGUUUUGAAACCUCUACUGGGAGUCACCUAUGUACUCACCAUAGCAGGACCUACGACGGGAUCAACUGCUAUCAUUUUCGCCUACGCUCGAGCCGUUCUGCUAUCCUUACAGGGUUUCACUGUUGCCCUUUUUUACUGCUUCUUAAACACCGAAGUGCAGAACACAUUAAAGCACCACUUCCAAAUAUGGCGAACAAGCAAGACGUUAGGCUCGCGCCGAAUGCGGACAGGAAGCAGAAGUAAAGAUUGGUCACCGAGAUCGCGCACCGAAAGUAUACGACUCACGGAAUGGACGGUGGUUAGUGCGGAUGAAGCCGCGGGAACCUUGCUUAAUACACCCGAAAUAUGUAAUGGUAAAAAAUACAAUGGUAACCAGCCGGUGCCACUGAUUCCGGUACAUGGCGCUGCAUGAAAAAUUUCUCAAUUCGUUUUUAACUUAAAGAGAUGCUCAAAGCUCAUCGAAUUAUACGAAACUACACUUUUGGAAAAUCGCGCGAUUUUAAUUGGAUAUAAUUGCACUGUUGAAUUUAUCACCUCUUGUGAUUCGUUUUUCGUAUAGCGAACACGUUAUGGUAACGAUGAUGAAACUACGUACUAUACACUAUUUGAUUAAAUUACCUUCCCCUGUUUAUUUCCAAACGUAAUUUAAUCAAUGUAAACGUUAAGCGUAAUUGGAAAGUAAAUGAGACCUAUGUGUUUACCAGGGCAAGCUAAGUUUACUUAGGGAGGGAAAUUGAGAGCUGUAUCGCGUCUAAUUUUAACUAGUCAAGCAGUUCUCAUUUAACGGGGAGCAGUUUCUCAUAAGGUUAUUCCGUAAUAUUACAGUUCCUCUGCCUUAAAUGUAUUCUUUAUGGACAUUUGCACGAGAUUAACGUUAUUAUUUCAUUGAUUCGCAAAGCUCCUUUACAUAUCACGCUAGGCAGUUCUUUGGAAAGAAGUGCAUAAGAGCUUUUGAUCGAUUCGCUUUCAUUAAAAUUGCAUACCUACAUCUUAUAAAUGAGUACAUUUUUAAAUGCAUUAGUGCAUAGUCUGCUAACUUUAUUACGACGCAGUUUCUUCUCUGAGAGAGAAUGGAAACUACCAAAACGACUAACAAGAUUAAUACCACCCAAUCAUGUUUAUCAACAUUAACUAUUUAAGUUUCUACGUUAAUUAUACUAACAUGGUCGCUGACAGUGACAGAUAAGUCGAGAGGAAGUUUAACCGUUCCCAAGUGAAUUAAUUUUAGAAAAGUAACCGUCUCAUCAGGUGUAUUAAACUAAAGCCCGCUUGACAUGGAGCAAUAAAAAUUGCAAUUGCAUGCAAGUUGCAAGAAAAAUUGCGAAAGGCAUGCGCAGU